GGCCGCAAACUCAAAACUCCGCGCAGUUUUAUCGCCGGCGGUCGACGCGAGGCUUUACGAGAGCCUCGGCCGCCGUUGCUCUGCGCGCACAAGUUUAAUGUGCAUGGACUGGAAACUUGGAGGUUCCGCGAAUGAGGUGGUGAAUUCGAAGAGUAGUACACUCUUAAUAAGAUACAAGAAACAAACUAUUCCAAAGGCUUCAUGCAACAGUCACUUUUCACAGCCUCUGAUCAUUCUUCCAACUGGGCACCUGGACAUGAAUACACAUAUAUUUUACUCGGUUUGGACUUUUGUCUGUUUGGCAGAGAAACAAGAAUUCCAUCAUCUUGUUCCGAAAGUUUGUCACUUUUUAUGGAAAAAAAGAAAUCGAAGCACAGUAAGCUCUUUGGUUCGGAAAAGCCAACGCAAAGAGGCGCAUUUCGUUUGGACUGCAUAUAUAUGCAGUUUCUCAACUCUUGCAAUUCGGUACAGUGGAGGUUCGCAAAGGAGCUACUGCUCUGCCCUGGCCGCUCGUUAGCGGCUAACGAGGGCCCGAGUGACUAAAACUACGAGUGGAAUCACUGCCACCUAUAAUAUUACUAUUUCUGCAUUUCUGAUAUAGUCCUGUUUCGCUAGUACUGCUAUUGUUUGUUCCGAUAAUUCUGUGUAUUCAAAUGCUGAAAUGUUUGGGGGAAGCGUUAUUGUGGAUCGUUGUAUUAUUCGUAUUAAAUUUCAUAUUCGAGUA